CAAUUUUGUUCGGACAUUUCUUACAACAUACAGAUCUUUUUGCAAACCUCAAGAACUACUGAGUCUUAUAAUAGAAAGGUUUGAAAUUCCAGAGCCUGAGCCAACAGAAGCCGAUCGCAUAGCUAUAGAGAACGGAGAUCAACCUUUGAGUGCAGAACUAAAAAGAUUUAGAAAAGAAUAUAUACAGCCUGUACAACUGCGGGUACUAAAUGUAUGUCGGCACUGGGUAGAGCACCACUUCUAUGAUUUUGAAAGAGAUGCAGAUCUUUUGCAACGCAUGGAGGAAUUUAUUGGAACAGUAAGAGGCAAAGCAAUGAAAAAAUGGGUUGAAUCCAUCACUAAAAUAAUCCAAAGGAAAAAAAUUGCAAGAGACAAUGGACCAGGUCAUAACAUUACAUUUCAGAGUUCACCUCCCACAGUUGAGUGGCAUAUAAGCCGACCUGGGCACAUAGAGACUUUUGACCUGCUCACCUUACACCCAAUAGAAAUUGCUCGACAACUUACUUUACUUGAAUCAGAUCUAUACCGAGCUGUACAGCCAUCAGAAUUAGUUGGAAGUGUGUGGACAAAAGAAGACAAAGAAAUUAAUUCUCCUAAUCUUCUGAAAAUGAUCCGACACACUACUAAUCUCACUCUGUGGUUUGAAAAAUGUAUUGUAGAAACUGAAAAUUUAGAAGAAAGGGUAGCUGUGGUGAGUCGAAUAAUUGAGAUUCUGCAAGUCUUUCAAGAGCUGAACAACUUCAAUGGUGUCCUUGAGGUUGUCAGCGCCAUGAACUCAUCACCUGUUUACAGACUAGACCACACAUUUGAGCAAAUACCAAGUCGCCAAAAGAAAAUUUUAGAAGAAGCUCAUGAAUUAAGUGAAGAUCACUAUAAGAAAUAUUUGGCAAAACUCAGGUCUAUUAAUCCACCAUGUGUGCCUUUCUUUGGAAUUUAUCUCACUAAUAUAUUGAAAACAGAAGAAGGCAACCCUGAGGUCCUAAAAAGACAUGGAAAAGAGCUUAUAAACUUUAGCAAAAGGAGGAAAGUAGCAGAAAUAACAGGAGAGAUCCAGCAGUACCAAAAUCAGCCUUAUUGUUUACGAGUAGAAUCAGAUAUCAAAAGGUUCUUUGAAAACUUGAAUCCAAUGGGAAAUAGCAUGGAAAAAGAAUUUACAGAUUAUCUUUUCAACAAAUCCCUAGAAAUAGAACCACGAAACCCUAAGCCUCUCCCAAGAUUUCCAAAAAAAUAUAGCUAUCCACUGAAAUCUCCUGGUGUUCGUCCAUCAAACCCAAGACCAGGUACCAUGAGACAUCCCACACCUCUGCAGCAGGAGCCAAGGAAAAUUAGUUAUAGUAGGAUCCCUGAAAGUGAAACAGAAAGUACAGCAUCUGCACCAAAUUCUCCAAGAACACCGUUAACACCUCCUCCUGCUUCUGGUGCUUCCAGUACCACAGAUGUUUGCAGCGUAUUUGAUUCUGAUCAUUCGAGUCCUUUUCACUCAAGCAGCGAUACCGUCUUUAUCCAAGUUACACUGCCCCAUGGCCCAAGAUCUGCUUCAGUAUCAUCUAUAAAUUUAACAAAGGGCACUGAUGAAGUGCCCAUUCCCCCUCCUGUUCCUCCACGAAGACGACCAGAAUCUGCCCCAGCGGAAUCUUCACCAUCUAAGAUUAUGUCUAAGCAUUUGGACAGCCCCCCAGCCAUUCCUCCUAGGCAACCCACAUCAAAAGCCUAUUCACCACGAUAUUCAGUAUCAGAACGGACCUCUAUAUCAGACCCUCCUGAAAGCCCUCCCUUAUUACCACCACGGGAGCCUGUGAGGACACCUGAUGUUUUCUCAAGUUCACCACUACACCUCCAACCUCCCCCUUUGGGCAAAAAAAGUGACCAUGGCAAUGCCUUCUUCCCAAACAGCCCAUCCCCCUUUACACCACCUCCUCCUCAGACACCUUCUCCUCAUGGCACGAGAAGGCAUCUGCCAUCACCACCACUGACACAGGAAGUGGACCUUCAUUCCAUUGCUGGGCCGCCUGUUCCUCCACGACAAAGCACUUCUCAACAUAUCCCUAAACUCCCUCCAAAAACUUACAAAAGGGAGCACACACACCCAUCCAUGCACAGAGAUGGACCACCACUGUUGGAGAAUGCCCAUUCUUCCUGAGUUCCUCUUUACUGGGAUGUAUAUUUUCCUAGCCCCAAAUCCAUUGCUGGCAAUGGAUGCACUGAACGUGCCAGCACUGAGGAGUUAAAAUGAGAACUCCAAACACUAACUACUCUACUUCAAGAUGCAGUAUAAGACAAUGAAUUUUAACCUAGCUGUAAUUAUAAAAUGGAAAUUUUUUCCAGUUUAGAAUAUGGAAAGACUGAUCUAGAGGAAUUGGACAACUGAUUGCACCUGAAAAUCAAGUAAAGGAACUUUUUCUGGCCAAUAGGCAGGAGUUCUCUUUUUUUGAAGUGAUCUUUAUCAUUAAAGGGAUGGAAAACAUAGUCUAGUGUCCAGCAGGCCCAAAUGACAACAGUUUUUGUAAUUCAAAAUAUUAUGCACUUUUAAAAAAAAUCUUAAACAGGGAUCUUAAUAUCCUCCUUUGUUUUCCUUUGCUUUACUCUUCUACUUUAGAAUAUUUUCUUAAAAAUCAUUCAAUGGACUGUGAGGAAAGGCUGUGGUACCUGACCUUGUUGAAAUCAAGGCCCAGCACUGUACUACAGUCCUGUUUACAGAUUAUUACAGUGAAUUGAAUGGGUACCGAGGCUUCACCAAAGAGGUACUUUUUUGUUGUUUUUAAGAAUAAUUAUACCAAUUUUAAGAGCAUUUCCUCACGUGCCCCCCACCCCGCAACACACACACACACACACAUACACGUACACACUCACACACGUACACACAAAAUGUGGUGGUGUUGCCUUCAAACAAGGAAAGUUUUGUGUCAUUAAUAUGACAGAAGAACUUUUUUAAACAUGUAACUGUCAAGUAUACUAUUUACAUUUAGGAGACUGUUAAUCUAUGCUAGAUUGUCAUUUUUCCCCCUUCUCCCACCCAGGUUUACUGGUAAUCCAUGUCAUGGCUCAUAGCUGUCCCUCUAACUGUACUAUGGAAAUGCAGGCACCCAAUGUGAAAAGCAGCACUUGCUGGGCAUCACUGACACCAGUCAUGUUUUACUAAUAGCUGAGUAAUCAGCAUAUCUAGAAUUACCUUGCAUUGCCUAAAUCAUGUGUAUAUAGUGAAUGUUAUAUAAUAUACCUGGCAGGUCUGUUUUAAUUUAAUUGAAUAAAGAUACAAAUACUUUGUUUGGCUGGCAUAUAUUAAAUUAUUAUAUGGACAAAAUGGUCGAUUCUUAUUUCUUUCAGUUGAAAAACACACACUAAGCAUAAAAGCACGUAUUGUGGUACACCUUGGUUUCUAGUUCUGGAUAUAUAUACUAAUCUUAAAGAAUGAUCUAAAGUUGCAGUUUGGCAUGUAGGAAAAUAUUUGGUAGAAUAGGAUGGGUAUCUUUUAAGCAAAACUUUGUAAGUUUUUAAAUUUCCUAAGCAACAUGGAUACAGUUUGUUAAGGUUUAUAUUGAACAUUCUACCUUGCUUGAGGUCUUCUGCUCUCUCAGAAAUACUCAUAAUAGAACAUCUACCUGCAUCAUUAAUAACAUAAUAUGGAUUAUUCAUUAAGCCUAUGUACUGUUCUUCUGAGUCUAACAAAUACUGUGACUGAAAUGCAUGCAAUGUGUUGAAGAGAAAAAGUUUUAUUAAUCUCCACUCCGAAAUGUGCAGUAUUCCAUCCUUAGAGUCAUCAAUUCAUCAGUAUCUGCAUGUGUCCUCUGAAUAAUAAAGCAACAUUUCAGCAAUUCUGUUAACCAUGCCAUUAGAGACAUUGUGAAAAAGUGGUUUCCAUCAUGGUGGAAACCUAGUACUUUAAUAAUUUCCUGUGAUAUUUAUUAGAGCAUUAAAUGUACAUUAUGAUAGUACAGUAUAUAGUCCUUUAAGACCAGAAAGUAUGUUUACUGCAUUAUCAUUAAGCAAUCCAUCCUAUCAUAUCUUUUCUUAUUUAUUUGUUAGAGUUUAAUCUAUUUUGUUUAGUAUUUGUACCAUUCCUAUUAUGGUAGGCAUUUUUUUUCUUUGUAAAAUGUCUUCCCUUUUAAAAGUGUCCUAAAAAUUAAUUUCAAAUCCCCUGUUGGAUGCAAAGUGUCCAUAAGACCAUUCAUUCAACAAAUAUUACUAGUGCUGCUACAGUUGAUACACAUUCCAGAACCUCUCAUGACUUUUUAUUGGGCCAGCUGUCCUUAGGAUUUCCCUUUUUAUGGCUUAUUGAUCACUUCACUUUUUAAUUACCCCACUCCUACUCCAAAUGAGAACCUAAGAAAAGUCACACUGGAGCCCAUUCAAUAUCUCCCUGGCUAGUGAGUUAGCCUUCAAUAAGGUGAUGACCACUUUUCAACCUGCCUGAUUAGAUAAACAGGAAAAACUCAGAUUUGGAGUUCUAAUCAUUUCUCCCAAAGGGAACCAUUCUUCUACCCCAUGGUUCUAGGAGACCAAUUCACUGUGCAACAGUUUUAUAUGCACUGUGGAUAGAAGAUAUUUUUAUUCUGAAGUGUGACAUUUGGGUAAAAAUAUUUUCUGCAGUGGUAACUGAUGAGAAAAAUUCCACUUGGAUGCCCUUAGAUGGAGGUGAGAAAAUUGUAUCCUUGUCUUUUUCUCAUGUGAAACAUGAACUAGCUGACAAAUAUAUCCUUUGCAGUAAGGAAAAUAUUCUUAAUCAGGGACAAGAAGUGGCAGAGAAGAUAAAUGCAUCAUUACAAAAUUCUACUUUUGAAUCCAGGACAUUACAAGGCAGUCAAUGCAGCAUGACUUUUUGUUAACCACACUCCAAAAUGUGCAACAUUUCUUUUAGAAAUGGAAAUGUUCUUAAAUGUUUCAUUAUUUUUGGAUCACAAAAUGAAUAUUUCAAGGCCGAAUUUUACUUAGUGGGCUGAUAACCAAUAUAAUGGGAAAGGGAAGCUUUUCACAUCUAAGCACUUUAAAACAGGAACAGAUGAAAAGUAUAUCUAAGUUGACUGAAAGACUGAGGUUAUUUACUCUUCCAGUCCUCCAAACGUAUUAUAAGACUACAAAUUAUCAGGAAAUAUAUACACAUUCAAAAUUUGCUUAAUUAAAGGUUGUUGGGCAUUGAAUUAUGUGUUUAGUAGGUCACUAUUUUCUAACAACUCGAGGGUGUUCUAAUGGAUCUGAAUUUAGCAAAGAGCAUGCCACACUAAUACUAUAAUCAAGUAGAGAACAAUUUCAGUUGGAGACCAUAUUGUUCUAAAUUCUUCCUUAAUGGUUUUUUUUCAUAAAUCAAAAAUUACCUUACACUUACCAAAAACUAGUUGGUAUUUAUGAUCAUGAUCUUGUCUUAAUUCUCCAGUUUACCUUACAUUAAUCUUGUAUUUCAUUGUCUUUUCAUAUGAUGGCUUAAAUUCAGAUUUUUAAGUGGCUCAGCAAAACAAAUGGGUAAGGGUAUCCCAAUUUAUUAGUGUUUUACGUAUGGAUGAAAAUCUUUCUUCCUCCAGAUUUAGAAACAAUUUAAACAUUUAUUUCUUGGUAUUCUGCUGCUGUGGAUAGGUUUACUUAUUCUUUUAACCUCUAUUGUGUAACCAUUGUACAAGUGUAGGUCCUAUUGUAUUGCACAUUAAUCUUUACCAGUAAAUAAACAUCACAGGGUUAAUAUCGGUAUGGCUGAAAGAGAGAAUUAUGCAGUAAAAUUAUUUAUAAGGGAAAGUAAUGAUUUUAUUCAAUUUUUUGAAACAUCUCAUUUAAACUUUUAAAAUCAUUUCAUAAUCCCUAUACAUGAGCCAAUGAAAUAUUUUGAGCUCUAGUUAAGAAAAGCAUGAAGUCUAUGAUAAAUCUAAACAACAAAAGCACUUGUAACUUUUUUUGUAAAUUUCAUGCCUUAUUUUCCAUUUUUGACACCGUAAAGUGCAUUUUCUGUCAACUGUGAGCAAAUUUCCCUUUUGCCUUUAAUGAAAAUAGUGCAUUAGGUAGCCAACUGCUGCAAAAUUAUAAAGCAAGUAUUAGCUAAAGGUGGGUCAUAUUGGACUACCACUCAAAGAAACAAGAUGCAUAACAAUUUACAUGAGGUGUAGCUUAGGAAGGGUGCACCUGUGCCAGAUGCAUGCCACUUUCAGUAGCUGCCAAAUGUGCCUUUAAUUAAGAACAUCUCUAAUUUUUUUCUUCAGAUCAAGUCAGCAUUUGGGGGCGGGAUUAGGGCAGGGGACUUUGGGGUGCAAAUAUCUGGUGAAAUUACCAGAGAAUUUGUUUGUCAAAGUGACAUGUAUAAUUUUAGAUGAGACAUGUUUGUGUAUAUAUGUGUAAUUGCCUUUGUUUUUUAGUAGCACGGUUAUUUGCUAAAAUAAUUGUCAAAAAUUGCUCUGUUAGUCUUACUUUGAUGUAAGAACAAAGUGUGGUCUAUUCAUCUGAUAUGGCCUUUGUACCUAACCAUGUUCAUAGGUAGUCUUUGUACUCUGUAUGCAGCAGUAUUUGGUUUGCAUUUAAAAUGAAAAUUAUGGCUGAUAUUUUUCUGGCAUUACUAAGAUAAACUGAAAAAUAAAGAAAAAUGCCUUACAUAGCC